UUUCAAACGAACACACCUUGUUGACUGUAAAUAACGUAACCUCACAUAUAAUAAUUUGCUGAGAUGAAUAAACAGUAAACUGUUACCAUUUAUAAACAAGAAAAUCAUGGAUCAAGAAGAGAGACUAGAACUCUCUGAAUUAAUGUGUCGAACUUGUCUAAAAAAAGAGGGCGAGAAGAACUUAUUUGACCAACAUAAACCUACUUCUUCAGAGUUCGCUUCUAUUCUAAGAUCUUGCAUUUCUAUCCAGGUCAGUAAAGAUGAUGGACUACCGGAAAAGAUAUGCUCGACUUGCUUAAAGAAACUCCUGAACUUUUACAAUUUCAAAGUGACCGUCAUAGAAAACGAUUUCAAACUACGUAAGGCCCUGGAGAUGAAGCGAGAGGAGGAAGCGAAGAAAGCGCAAGAUGUUUAUUCAGUUCUGAUGGUAAACACCAACGUAGAAGAAGUAGAAGUGGGCCCUCAAACAUAUCACUUCAUAACUGAAGAAAUUGUUGUUGAAAAAGUAGAACAACCUGUUAUUAAACCCCCAGAAUCGAAAUCCGAAGUUCUCGAAAUAAAACCUGACGAUUUAACCUUCGUAACCGACUCUGACUCUUCUGAUGAAGAAUCGGAGAGUAGGGAUGGAGAGAGCGAGAAGUUAAAUGGAGAUGACGAGGAAAAUAAACCCAAAAAGAAGAAGAAACCUAUGUACCAGUGUGACAUCUGUGGAAAAAUCUUGAGCUGCAGGAGUAACUUGACCAAUCAUCAUCGUGUCCACUCUGGAGAAAGACCUUUCUCUUGCAAUGUGUGUGAUAAAAAAUUCUCCAAGGCAGAGCAUGUUCUGAUCCAUCAGAGGAUUCAUACAGGAGAGCGUCCCCACCAGUGUUUGAUCUGCAAGAAGCGCUUCAUCCAGUAUGCUUCUCUGAAGGCUCAUCUGAGGACUCAUACGGGAGAGCGGCCACAUACGUGUGUGGUGUGCGGAAAAUCUUUUGGACAAUCAAGCACGCUAGUGAAUCAUUCACGAACUCAUAGUGGAGAGAAGCCCUUUGUGUGCACUGUGUGCGGAAAAGGAUUCAAGAACGCCGGAAAUCUGAGCACGCACAUGAGGUUCCAUAAGAACGAGCGCCCUUACGGCUGCUAUCAGUGCGACAAACGUUUCGUCACCAGUUCCCACCUCAACGUCCACAUAAAGCAGCACUCUGGUGAGAAACCGCACAAGUGCGCCGUAUGUGGCAAGGCUUUCGUCAGGAGCGAACACCUCAAAGGUCACUUGAUCAUACACAGCGGCAAGAAGCCGCACCAGUGCAAGUUCUGCUCGAGAAGGUACACGCAGAGCAGUCACCUCAGGAGGCACGAGAAAAGCGCUCAUUCGCAGAGGCAGGACGAUGGCGUCGGGUGAGGGAUUGGAGAUGGCGCUGUGAGGUUUGAGAGUUGCCUCGGUGGGGGUGUGGGCGUUUGAUAUGUAGCUUUUUGUAUAUUGCUGUUUUCAUUAAUAGAGUUUAUGAUUUUUCCCGUA